GAAGCUGAACAAGUCCAUUCCCUUUUGAUCAAAGAUUGUUUUUUUCUCAUCCACCUCCUCCUCAUCCUCUUCAUUAUCAUCUUUGCCUGAUGCUCAAUAACAAUAUUAUUAUUGUUCUUAUUCUUGUUCAUUUUUUAUUUUAAUUUACCGUAUCCAUUUGUUUAAUCAUCCAAUUAUCAUUUAUUUGUUUCACCUUUUUCUCCCUUCUUUUAAACAUUUUCACUCCAAUAGUGAUUAACUAAAAAUCGACUUGGUUAAUUGAUUAUCUUUGUAUAAUUUGACGCUUUAGUUUUUGCCUUUUAGUCUUCAUCUUGACUUUUUUGUCUUAUAUCCUUGCCUUUCGUGUCAACACAGUAAGUAAUGAAGGUUAUUGUCGAUAACCAAGCAAUUAAGAUAUUUUGAUUUUGUAUUAACUAUGCAUCUGGUUAACCAACAUCAUUACAAACAUCUUUUCCAUCGGAAUCACCUUUCACAUCUUAAAUUAUCUUACCUGCUUAUUGUUUAUCCUGACUAUCAUGGUGAUUAGUAGCAUUCAAGAUUCACAACAGUGUUGAACAUUCAGUUGAAACAGUGCUUGUAAAAUGUGUAUACUAAUUGUGUAAUUGAACGUGUUUCAAUCAAUUGCAAUGGAUUCAAUGUACAGUUUAUCUUUGAAAUUAACAAACCAUUGAUUUAUCUGUCGUUUUUUAAAGUAAUUGAAAAUUGUUACCACUCAUUGGCAAUAUCUUACAAUCAACAUUACAACUAAUAAUAUUAAUAAUAACGUCUACAUUGAAUUUUGAAAUAACACAUCCAAGCUUCCAAACCAUUUAAUAAUCACAGUAAUUUCCGAUAGCCAUGGAGUCAACUUGGUUAAUUCAAAUUUUAACUUUUCUACUUCUUACGGUCAACUUAAAUUUUAUAAACGCUUUGCCUGAAAUUUUAAGAAUAGGUGGUCUAUUCGAGGUAGGAGAUGAUCCCAUGGAAAUGGCCUUUAAAAGUGCAGUUGAUCGAAUCAACAGCGAUGGUAAAUUAAUUCCAAGAUCACGGUUACUCGCUCAAGUUGAAAAGGUUGAGAAAAGUGAUAGCUUCUCGGCAUCUAAAAAAGCUUGUGGUCUAUUUGAACAAGGAAUUGCAGCAAUAUUCGGCCCACAAUCAGUUGAGACUUCAACACACAUUCAAUCAACUUGUGAUCAACUCCACAUUCCUCAUAUGGAAACUCGAUUAGAUUUCAGAUCUGUAGCAGCAAACCAUUCAAUCAACCUUCAUCCACAUCCAAAAGUAUUUGGCGAAGCAAUAAGGGACUUGAUCAGGAUGAAAAAUUGGAAAAACUUUGCCAUUUUAUACCAAGAAAAUGAAGCCUUAGUGAGACUGGAAGAGAUUUUAAAAGAUGAGGUUUUACGAGAAAAGAAGAUGGUUGUCCGACAGUUCGAAACUGAUGAAUAUCGAACAAUAUUUAAAGAAGUUAACAAGUUAAACAUUAAAAAUUUAAUUGUUGAUGUGCCCAGGGAAAACAUUCACGAGGUUUUACGCCAUGCUCAACAAGUUGACAUGUUGUCCGAAUACCAUGAUUAUAUUUUCACCUCACUUGACCUACAAACAGUCGAUCUGGAAGACUUUCAAUAUGCUGGUACAAAUAUCUCUUCCUUUUGCUUAAUCGAUCGAUCAUCAACUGAUUUUAAGGAAAUCAUCAGAGAAUGGCAAUCGUCAGUUCCAGUAACAAGAACAAACUGGCUCGAAGAGGACCCAUUUAUAUCUAGAGCCUCACUACUGCAGAACUUUACGACUGAAGUUGCACUUAUGUAUGAUUCUGUGAAGCUUUUGGCUAAAGCUUUACAUGAUCUAGAUCGAAGUAAAACCAUUAACAUGAAUGCUUUAUCAUGUGAAAAUGAAGAACCAUGGCAGUAUGGAAUAACCUUAACAAAUUAUAUGAGAAUGAUAACUGUAAGAGGUCUUACUGGGGACAUUAAAUUUGAUCGUAAUGGAUUGAGAACUGAUGUCAGGCUUAAAUUAAUUGAACUCACAAAUGAAGGUCUAAAAGAGGUUGGAGAAUGGACAUCAGAAAAGCGAGUUCAAUUCAUUGGUAACUACAGUAAAACAAUGGAAGAAAUAUUGAAAGCGACUCUUAAAAAUAAAACACUUGUAGUGACAACAUUUCCUGGUCGACCUUAUACAAUGUUUGUUGAAGAUUAUGAGAAGAAAGGAUUGACUGGAAACGAUCGAUUUGAAGGUUAUUGCAUUGAUUUAAUGAAUGAGAUUGCAAAAAGACUUCAGUUUAAAUAUGUUAUCCGUUUGGUUGAGGAUCGAGCUUAUGGUCGGCGAAACGAGAAAGGCGAAUGGAAUGGAAUGAUUCGCGAAUUAAUUGAUGGUAAAGCUGACAUUGCUGUGGCUGAUUUAACGAUUACUUAUGAACGUGAAUCCGCUGUAGACUUUACCAUGCCAUUUAUGAACCUUGGAAUUGGUAUUCUUUUUCGGAAACCCAAAAAGGAGCCUCCUCGCUUAUUCAGUUUCAUGUCUCCUUUGGCUAUUGAAGUGUGGAUUUAUUUAUUAACUGCUUUCCUUGGUGUUACUUUGUUUCUCUUUGUGAUUGCUCGAUUUUCACCUUAUGAAUGGAUUAAUCCACACCCUUGUAUAAAAACACCCGAAGACCUGGAGAACAAUUUCACGAUGAAAAAUACUCUUUGGUUCACAAUUGGUUGCCUGAUGCAACAAGGCUGUGAUGUGAUGCCUCGAGCACUAUCAACGAGAGUUCUCGCCGCUUCUUGGUGGUUUUUCAUUCUUAUAUUGGUAUCAUCGUACACCGCUAACCUGGCUGCCUUUUUGACAGUUGAGAGAAUGGUCAACCCGAUAGAGAGCGUCGAAGAUUUGGCUAAACAAACUAAAAUCCAUUAUGGAUGCCUUAUGUCAGGGUCAACACAAGCUUUUUUCAAAAACUCAAAUUUUUCAACAUACGCAAGAAUGUGGUCUUUCAUGGAAUCAACAAGACCCAGUGUGUUUGUUGAAAGUAAUGAUAAAGGUGUUGAACGGGUGAAAAAAGGUGAUUAUGCUUAUUUAAUGGAGUCAACUAGCAUCGAGUACAUUGUAGAAAGAGAGUGUGACCUUUAUCAAGUCGGUGGUUUACUUGACUCUAAAGGCUAUGGUAUUGCUACUCCACCCGAUUCACCAUACAGAGGAAUCAUUUCUGACACCAUUCUAGCCCUUCAAGAAAAGGGCAUUCUUCAAGCAAUUAAGGAAAAAUGGUGGAGUCAGAAAAAAUGUGGACCUAAAGAUGGUACUCAAAAGGCUGCUGGAGCAGCAAGUGAACUUGGCUUAGCCAACGUCGGUGGUGUUUUUGUUGUACUCGCUAUCGGUUCCGUGUGUGCUGUAAUAAUAUGCAUAUUUGAGUUUAUCUGGAAAAUGAAACAAAUACCAAGAGGCGAAAGAGAUCAUAUUUUUGUGGAGUUAAUGCGUGAAUUGAAACAUGUUAUCUGCUGCUAUGGAAGCACCAGACCGGUGCGACGAACUGGUAUGGAUGAUAUGGGCAGUCAAAUUAUCAUGCAAACUCCAGGCAACGGUAUACCUGGAAUGCCGAUCCCUGGAUAUGGUUUUCCUCAUCCAAUUCAUGCUCAUGGUGAUUUUAUUCCAGCUUUCGGAAUGGGAAAAGAAGAUUAUUCUUGACUUGAAUAAGAAACAUUUUCAUUCCUUUUUCCUUCCUUCAUAAUCUUCGAUAUGGCUCAAUGUGCUAUCUCACUUCAGGAUGAGCAUAAUCGAAAUUCAUCAUCUCUCCAGAUCCUUUCUCUUCUUCUUCUUAUUACUCAUGGAAAACCAUGUCUUUCCACUUACUAUUUCUCAUAACCAAUCAGGCAUAAAUCAUAUCCAUGGCUGAUACAAAAACUACUUAAUAAGUUUACUUUGAUAACGAAACUGAUCAAAAUUAGUCAAGUCCGGAAAAAGUUAUCAUUAGAUAGCUGUGACAUGCCAACGAAUACGAUUGGUAAUUAACAAUUAAUCAAAUGGUGCCCAACAUUGAAAAGGGUAAAAUAAUAUUACCAAUACCUUAAUAAGUUAUUCAGAUUCUAUCUCAAUUUCACAUCCUUUUCUUACUUUUCAUCCGUUUUUAUCAUUAUACUGAUCAACUGUUAUUGAUGACUUGGGAGAUGAAAAUUGGGAAACUCAGAUUCUUAUAAAAUUCAACGUUUCCUGUUUAUCCCUUAUCAUCAUCGGUGACUUGAGUGCCAAACGAAACAAAUUGAAAGUUAGACACUGGCUCAUUAGCUCAACAGUUUUGUCUAACUUCAACAAAUUUAUGAUUUUAUUCGCUUCAAACCUUUUACCAUAUAAUCAUAUUUACCUGUACAGCAUAAUUUGAUCAACUCAACUGAUAUUAUUAUUAUAAUUGAUAUUUCUUCCAAUGUUAACAUUACCAGAAUCCCAAUUCCAAAACCUUUCUAACAGAAGCUAAUGAUGUAAAUUCAUCAUCCGCUAAUGACUAUUCUGGUCGCAUUUAGUCAGAUUGACAAUUUCAUAUUGGUUAAUUUAUAAAUGGACAUUUAAUUCAUUUCUUCCCUUACAGAAUGCUUUGUUUCAUCAACUACUUGCAUGCUUAACCACGAUUAUAUGCUAGUUUUAAUAUGCAAACAAUUUGCAAACUUAAUCUUUAUUUGUUCAUCAACCAAUAUGUAAAUCCUUAAAUCUGACUUCAGACAUGUAUUAUUAGUCCUCCAUUUUAUUGAUUAGUCGUUUUUUCGAGAUAACACAAGUAGAUGUUAAUUAACUGUUAAUAUUAAUUUGUAAUGUUUUAACCUGAAUUCUAGAAAUUCACAUCCCUUGUUAAUGUUAUGAUGUAAAAAAAGAGACAAGACUGAGAGAAUUUAUGGAAACAGAGAAAUUGUGAGAUGUUUUAUCAUUUUUCAAUUUAUGGUCAAGAUAAUUGAUAGAUGAUUGAUUGCUGGUAAACAUUUUUCAAUAUUUCUGCUUUCCAUACUCUUGACCGUUAUUACCUCAAGCGCAAUGACCUGACCAAAUGGAUUCGAGGUUUAAAGGUCAUUUCUGCAACAGAGAAAUGUAAAUUAACAAAUCACAAAUUUAUAAUUAAAAUGUUGAAUGAAACAAUAAUCACCGGUCCAUAAUUUUAAUUUCGUUUCCAAAACUGUUGUUACAUUAAAUUCAUUGAUACAACCAAUACAUAUAGAACAAAUGGAAUCGAAACAAUACUAUUACUACAAUCUGAAUCGAGUGUGAUUGUAAACUUUAAGGUAAGCUAAGCCAAUUUUUGUUGAAUCAGGUGCUUAAAAAGCAAAAAGAAUUAAAAAGGCCAUCAUAAGACAGAAGAGACCCAUAGCUUCAGAAAGAGCAAAUCCAAGGAUAGCAUAUUGGAAAAGUUGUGCCUUCAAUGAUGGAUUACGAGCGUAACCAAUAAUUAAACUUCCGAAGACUGAACCAAUUCCAGCCCCUGAACCGGCAACACCAACAGUAUGUGCUCCAGGAUCGAUAAACUUAGCAGCAGAAUCAAUAUCAUUCCUAAUUGAACUAGUGUGGAUUGGUCUGAUUGCAGAAAGGGCAGAAAGAGCAGAGAAGCUUUGAGCUUUCUUCUCUUGGAAAAGGACUGAUGAAUUGUUGGAGAAUUGGGCAGAGUUAAUGGCUGAGCUUAAAGGUCGGGCAAUACCUCGGCUAGCUGA